AUGAAGAGACGCUGCAGCUGCGGCGGCGGUGGCGGCCACUGCAGCUCCGAGCGGCGCGCGCGGCGGCCAGAGCGGGACGGUCGCAGCGCCGCCGAGCUUCCCGGGAGCGAUCGGAGGCCGGCGAGCGAAGGGCUCCGAGGAGCACUGGAGAUGUCCUGUCCGCGCCUCUUCCUGCUCAGAUACCUGUUCCUGGCCCUCCUGCUUCAUGGGCUGGGAGAGGGUUCUGCCCUCCUUCAUCCAGACAGCCGAUCACAUCCUAGGUCCUUAGAGAAAAGUGCCUGGAGGGCUUUCAAGGAGUCGCAGUGCUAUCACAUGCUCAAACAUCUCCACAAUGGUGCACGGAUCACUGUGCAGAUGCCGCCUACAAUCGAGGGCCACUUGGUCUCCACUGUCUGUGAAGUAAGGUCAGGCCCUGAGUUCAUCACAAGAUCUUACAGAUUCUACCACAAUAACACAUUCAAGGCCUACCAGUUUUACUAUGGCAGCAACCGGUGCACAGACCCCACCUACACGCUCAUCAUCCGGGGCAAGAUCCGCCUCCGCCAGGCCUCCUGGAUCAUCCGAGGGGACACUGAAGCUGACUACCAGCUGCACAAUGUCCAGGUCAUCAGCCACAAGGAGGCAGCAGCCGAGAAGCUCAGCCAUCUGGUGAACCGCACCUGCCCGGGCUUCCUGGGAACCAGGGGCCCCUGGGUGCAGGACGUGGCCUAUGACCUGUGGCUGGAGGAGAACGGCUGUGAGUGCACCACAGCCGUGAGCUUUGCCAUGCAUGAGCUGCAGCUCAUCUGGGUGGAGAAGCAGCACCCACAGCAAAGCCCAGACCACCUGGUGGAGGAGCUCUUCCUCGGCGACAUCCACACCCAUGCCUCCCAGAGGACGUUCUGCCGGCCGUCCAGCUACCAGCCCCCGCUGCAGAAUGCCAAGGCAGGACGCAGAAGAGUGUCUGGCUGA